UCUGAAGUUUGUCCCUAACAAACGAGCAUCUGUGUAUCAGUAAGAUCAGUAAUGGGAAUUGGGAAUCGAAGGGAUUACGUAUAAGAUGUAAAUUAUAUAUAAAAAGAUUUAAUUGUUAACUUAUACCUAUUUAUAUUGUUUAUCAAAAUGUACUCGACGAAGACACCAACUUUGAGAAUCGACGAAGCUGAUCUUAAGUGUAAAAAUGGUUGUGGAUUUUACGGUAACGCCGAAUGGCAAGGUUAUUGCAGUAAAUGUCAUCGAGAAUAUUUGCAAAAACAAAGAUCGCAAACGGAAUCUCAUGUUCAUGGACAGGAGCAUGAUCAUGCAUCUUCUAAUAAAAGUACGAUUAGUGCACAUCAAAAGUAUGAAGAGAAAAAGGGGCAACAGAAAAAGUAUACAUUGUUAAAUAUUUCAUUUCGGAAACCAGUUGCCAAAGCACAGGGAUAUCAGGAGUUAUUAUACGAAUUGACAAAAGACAAUCCUGAUCUUGAAAAAGUAAAAGCAGAAAAUCGUGAUUUAAUAGCUGUAAUUGCUAAAACGCCAGUAGAGAAAGAUGUUAGAAAAUGCAUGCAUUCGUUUAUAAUUGAAAUUCUCCAAAACAAGGAUGUGAAGAGAAUAGAAGAACUUUCGGAGAUUACACAAAAUUUUUAUCAAAUGUUUGCUAAACGUUUAGAAAAUAGUACCAAGUAUUCAGAUAUAUCACCAGAGAUCAAAGAAAAAUUAUUAGAUUAUGUAGAAAGAUAUGCAAUGACUUUGCUGUAUAGAAUUCUCUUUUGUCCGCCGUUUACAAACGAUGAAGAGAAAGAUUUAGCAAUACAAAAAAGAAUCCGGCAAUUAAAUUGGGUUAGUGGAAAGAAUUUAGAAUGUAGGAUACAUGAAACCAGCUCUGAAGUUAGGGAACUCGUUUACACUUCCAUAACGGAUUUACUAAAUAUAGAUUCUGCAAAAGCACCACAAGAAAAACUUUCUUGUGUUAUUUAUUGUUGUCGAAAUAUAUUUUUAAUGUUACAACAAUCUGUCGGUGGACCUGCAUCUGCAGAUGAAUUCCUUCCAGCUUUAAUCUUCAUUGUUUUAAAAGCUAAUCCUGCUCGCCUUAAAAGCAAUAUCAAUUUUAUUACUAGGUUCUGUAAUGCAAGUAGAUUAAUGACAGGAGAAGGUGGAUAUUAUUUCACAAAUUUGUGCUGUGCCGUAUCUUUUAUUGAAAACUUAACAGCAGAGUCAUUAAACAUGGACGAAAAAGAUUUUAAUGCUUAUAUGUCUGGAGAACGUGUACCCGCUAACACAUGGGAAUCUGCACUGAUGAUAUGCGAAAGUCUCCAUUUGAUGUGUGAAGAUAUAACGUUGCUCGAUGAACUGAAGGCCAAAACUACGGAAAUUAUGAACGAAGCAUUGAAUUUAAAAGAAAAGAUACUCCAGUUUGAAGAAGAUGUGAAAACAGAAGUGGAGACAGUUUUGGAGAGGACACCGUUAUUAAUUACGCACAGUCAAAGAUUACCAACUAACUUGGAUUGCGAAGAUAUCGAAAGUUACCAAUUGCCGCCUCCCAUUGUCCCACAAGUUUGUCCUACAGCAGUUAACAAUUCCAUGAUACAGAACGAUAUAAGAACAUCUUUAAUAGAAGAUUGUGUUACACCGUCUCCCACCUUCGAUUUUCCUUCAUUUAUUGGUGACGACAGUUUUGAUGUGAGCAAAGCAGAAGACGAAACUAGUCUAAUAAGUUUGGAUGCGCAAAGUGAUUUCGAUACGCAACAAGAAAAAUCCAAUGAAUUAUUAGUAUCUACACACUUGAAUUUACCAUGUACCAUGGAAUCAGAACAGGAAGAUUAUCACGGUUUUACUGUUCAAGGCUCGAAUAUACCGACAAUUCCUUGUAGUACCGGAGACUUAUCUUUAAAUUCUACAGAAACGGACUCGGAAAGUUAUACCGGUUAUUUCCACAAUGUAUAGAAAAGUUAUUUAUUUUAGAUACAAUUUUAGAAAAACGUUGUUCAAUUCGUAUAAGUAAAUUAUGUAUCAUAGACAUAGAUAUUAUAUAAAUCAUUUAAAUGAAGGGAGGCACAGAGGAAACAAUAUACUCGAUCCGUGUUACAGUAUUUUAAUUCUAAAUGCAAUGUAAAUUUACAUAAAAAUUAAUGAAAA